CGAAACAUCAUUAUGCUACUCAUGGGUUAAAAGAUUUACAAAAAUUAAAUACUCAACAAUUUAAUGAAGCAAAAAGUGAAGCUUUAUUUGGACCUUCUAUUGGUUUAAAAAAAGUACAAUCAAUUAUUGACACACCAGAAAAAGUUCAUUUAAAAUAUGGUUCAUAUGAUAAUGAUGUUUCUGCACGUAAAUUUUUAGAAGCAAUUUCAUUCAUUAUUGAGAAACAAAAAAAACUUGAUAUAAGCAAUAUGUAUCAUAUGGGAAGUGACAAUACUAGUAUAAUGAUUGAUAAAAAAAAUGGUAUUGCAGCUAUUUUUAAAAAGCAAAAUCUUUUUCUUUUAGAACACCAUCGUAUUGCUCAUCAAUUAGCUUUGGCAGCCAAAGAUUCUGCUGAAAAAGUUCCUUAUUUUGAAAACUAUAAUUCAAUUGUUAAUAAUUUAUAUUCUUAUUUUA